ACCAACCACAGUACAGCAAACCGGAUCCUCUGGUGAAACCCGAAUUCCACCGGGUCAAUAUGAAGCCAUUGACGCACAAAAGAGCUGAUACACUGCAGGUUGCCGGGUCAAGCUUACCGGAUUGUACUCACGCCUGUGGAUCUUGUACUCCAUGCCGACUAGUCAUGGUUAGCUUUGUUUGCUCAUCCAUUGAAGAGGCAGAGACUUGCCCUAUAGCUUAUAAAUGCAUGUGUCACAACAAGUCAUAUCCAGUUCCAUGAUGAUAUAUAU